AUGUUCUUCUUGGAUAUAUUCUUCUUCAAGAAAUCCUUCUUGGAUAACUUCUUGGCAUUCUUCUUCUUACAUAUCUUUCUUCUUCUUAUUCCCCUUUUCUUCUUGGAUAACAUUCUUCUUUCUUCUGAUAUUCUUCUUGAUAACUUCUUGUGGCAUUCUUCUUAUAUCUCUAACUUUUCUGAUGUUCUUCUUGACAACUUCUUUGUGGCAUUCUUCUUUCAUCUCACAUCUCCUUUUCUUAUAUCCUUCUUGGAUAACCCUUUUCUGAUGUUCUUGCUUAGGAUUCUUUACAUCUCUUUUUCUGAUAUUCUUCUUGAUAACUUCUCAUUCUUCUUUACAUCUCUUCUUCUGAUAUUCUUCUUGGAUAACUUUUGUGGCAUUCUUCUUACAUCUCCUUUUCUGAUAUUCUUCUUGGAUUACUUCUUGUGGCAUUCUUCUUACAUCUCCUUUUCUUUAUUCUUUUAA